AUGCACGGAGUUGGAAAUCAGGAAUACCUUGGCGUGUUUGGGUUAUUCACAGACGUGAUCUACCUCAUCACGUACUGCAUCCGUCGGUCGGACACGGCCAAUGCCCUUCGCGAUCCGCUUCUUCGUUGCAACGUCUUCAUGCCUGGCCUCAAACGCGAAGACGUGGAAAAGUUUCUCUUGGACGCCAACUUGAGGCAUGAGGAUGGAGGGUUCUGUGUGUAA